AUGCCUCGAAGUCGCAGGGCAGCUGCCCAAGCGGCAGUCAAGUCCAUGAAGAAUGUACCUACGCUUCCCGAUGACGGAUCUGAUGAAGAUAUGAUUGAUGCGCCGCCAUCAGAUCCUUCCUCUCCUGUAGUGGAGGAUCACGAUUCGCCUGACGAUGAUCCGGAUGUCGAACCUGAGGCCGAUCCUGAGGCCGAAGUUGAAGCCCAGAAUGCGCCCGAAGAAGAGCCAACAAAUACCCCAGACGAAGCCAAGGCCGAAGAAGACGCAAGCGUUGCGACACCUGCAGCAGACGAAUCUACAAUACUCGAAGGAGAAACACCCAGCGCCAAUGCCGGCCGUCCAUCCCUUCUCCCGCGCAAACGUCGCAUUGGUCGUCCCCCAAAGAAUCGCCCUCCGGACUGGGAUGCGCCGGACGGCUCGCAGACACCGAUCCGAGUAACUACUCCGGUCAAGAGACGACGAGGUCGACCUGCUGCGAGUGGUGGACGAUGGGCCCGCAACCGUGGCCCAUCCCACCUUACUCAGUUCAGCUUCCCCCAAAUCCUCGAGGAUACCAAGGUCGAUGAGAAUGGUCGUCUGAAGGGUGGCCGCGAGUACCGUGUCCGUACUUUCACGAUUAUGAACCGUGGUGACCGCUUGUACAUGUUGUCGACGGAACCGGCGCGAUGCAUCGGCUUCCGUGACUCGUAUCUUUUCUUCCAAAAGCACAAGAUGCUCUACAAGAUCAUUAUCGAUGACGACGCAAAGCGCGAUUUAAUCGAGCGAGAUCUUAUUCCUCACUCCUACAAGGGUCGAGCCAUCGGUGUGGUUACUGCCCGCUCUGUGUUCCGCGAGUUCGGAGCCAAGAUCAUUGUGGGAGGAAAGAAAAUUAUUGACGAUUACGAUGAAGCGGCUGCUCGCGAGCGUGGUGACGUGGAGGGUGAACUUGCUGUGCCAGAAGAUAAAUUGCCUGGCCCUGGUGAGGAAUAUAACCGGAACCAGUAUGUAGCAUGGCACGGCGCGAGCAGUGUCUAUCACACAAAUGCGCCAUCGGUGCCCAUGGCCGGUGGCAAGCCCAUGGACCCUAAGAAACGACGCGUGCCGGUUACCGAUGACAACUGGAUGCUCGAACACGCUCGUGCAGCAAGCACCUUUAAUUCCAAGCUCGCUGAAAUGCGCCGUUCCACCAUGGGAGGCACAUACGACGUACACACCAACACAAUGCAAUACCCUCAGAUCAUGCAACCGACCCACUGCCGCUGGGAGCCCGUCCCACCCGCCGACCUGAUGUCUGACAUGUCCUCCCUGAGCCUCUCAAACAAAGAGUCCAGCACGCAGGCCCACGCUGACAGAACCACCACCGACCCAGCUACAUCAGGCGAGCAACCCGAGGAGGAGCGCCGAAGUAUCUUCUCCUCUGUGCCCGCCCACAUCUCUGACCGCUAUGUGGUCCAAGAUAUCAUCUACGAAUCGCCUCCGUACUCCAACAUGGGCCUCCCGGGCCCAGACGGCGAUCUGCGCAAUCUGCACCCGAACGGCCUGGCUAGCAUCGCCAACCCCACCCACCCGGAAUUCAUGUCUCCAGAAAUCGUCGCUCUGCUCCCAGAAGACGCCAAGGAGGCUCUUAUCGAUUCAGCCGCGCGCGAGGUGGAGUGGAAAUCAAAGUGGUCAACUGAGACUACCGAUGGUGCUCGCUCGCGCCCGCUCAAGAGCUAUGCGUGGGCUCCAUGA